AUGCUCGCCGCCGCUCGCACCCUCCGCCGCCUCUCCUCUUCCUCUUCAUCCUCCGUCCGCGCCCUUCGCCGCGUCCUCCUGCACCAUCCACCACCCCUGCCCUCGCUUCCGCCUCCUCUCCCGCCUCUCCGAACCCUUACGCGCGCCUUCCUCCCGCACCUCGCCGCCGCCCACGGGUUCUCCACUGCUUCCUUCUCUACCUCCGCCCCAUCACGCCUAGGAGAAUGCGUUGACGUGCGGGGAGCCCCGGCGAUACCCGAGGAGGAGGAGGAGGGGGAGGAGACGGGGGCGUUAGUGCGGCAUGACACGGAUGCGUACGCGGCGGUGGAGCUGGCUCUGGACUCAGUGGUGAAGGUGUUCACGGUAUCCAGCAGCCCCAACUACUUCUUGCCAUGGCAGAACAAGGCGCAGCGGGAGAGCAUGGGUUCCGGGUUUGUAAUUCCUGGAAGAAGGAUCGUGACGAAUGCGCAUGUGGUAGCUGAUCAUACUUUUGUUCUUGUGAGGAAGCAUGGUUCGCCUACUAAAUACAAGGCAGAAGUCCAAGCUGUUGGUCAUGAGUGUGACUUGGCUCUGUUGACAGUUGAGAGUGAGGAGUUUUGGGAUGGGGUGAACAGUUUGGAGCUUGGAGACAUCCCCUUUUUGCAAGAAGCCGUCGCAGUGGUUGGCUACCCUCAAGGUGGAGAUAAUAUUUCUGUCACCAAGGGGGUUGUAUCUAGAGUUGAACCAACACAAUAUGCCCAUGGUGCUACGCAGCUCAUGGCUAUACAAAUAGACGCAGCUAUAAAUCCAGGUAAUAGUGGAGGGCCUGCCAUUAUGGGUGAUAAAGUAGCCGGAGUUGCUUUCCAGAAUUUGUCAGGGGCGGAAAACAUUGGUUAUAUCAUACCGGUGCCCGUAAUUAAGCGUUUCAUUUCUGGAGUAGAAGAGAGCGGUAAAUAUUCUGGGUUUUGUACUCUUGGAGUAUCUUGCCAGGCUACUGAAAAUAUUCAGUUAAGAGAGUGCUUUGGGAUGCGGCCUGAAAUGACUGGAGUUUUAGUUAGUAGAAUAAACCCUCUAUCUGAUGCUUACAAGAUUUUGAAGAAGGAUGACAUCCUUCUUGAGUUUGAUGGUGUGCCUAUCGCAAAUGAUGGCACAGUUCCAUUCCGGAAUAGAGAGAGAAUCACCUUUGAUCAUCUGGUGUCCAUGAAGAAACCUGAAGAAACAGCUGUUCUCAAAGUAUUACGAGAUGGUAAAGAGCAAGAAUUGAGAGUAACACUUAGACCUCUGCAACCUUUAGUCCCAGUCCAUCAAUUUGAUAAAUUACCAAGCUACUACAUAUUUGCUGGUUUUGUUUUUAUCCCACUUACCCAGCCUUAUCUCCAUGAAUUUGGAGAAGACUGGUAUAAUGCCUCACCACGCCGAUUAUGUGAACGGGCACUAAGAGAGCUUCCAAAGAAGGCUGGUGAACAAUUAGUUAUCCUAUCUCAGGUUCUAAUGGAUGAUAUCAAUGUCGGUUAUGAAAGGUUUGCUGAACUACAGGUAAAGAAGGUAAAUGGUGUGGAAGUUGAAAACCUGAAGCACCUGUGCAGCCUCGUGGAAGGCUGCACCGAAGAAAACCUAAGGUUUGACUUGGACGAUGAAAGAGUCAUUGUUCUGAAGUACCAGAACGCAAGGCUUGCCACAUCCCGGGUCCUCAAACGGCACAGGAUACCGUCAGCCAUAUCGAGCGACCUUGUCGAAGAUGAAGCAACUAAUGGCGAGGUUGAGACAUCAUGCACCAGCUAA